AGUACGUCGGAGUAAAUUAAUAAAGCUAUAGCAUAGCUCUCUCGCCGGUCUUUUGCAGUUAUUGCCAGUUCAGAAUUUAAUUAGUUCAUUAAUAAUUGACAUUUCCACAAUUGCUUUGAUAGAGUAAAGGGCCUUGACACCUGUGCAACAUCUAUUUUAGCUGCUAAAACAUCCUACCUAGACUUUGGUUCUUCUUCUCUAUCAUCUCCUAAGGCUACUCUACUCUACCCUGCCCCUCUGUUUCUCCUUUUCUGCCUUAACCAGUUAGCCCCUUGCUAUGAAUCAUUUGGAAGGAUAAGCAGUAGUUCCCCUCUCUUUUUCAUUGUUCCCUUAUUUUCUCUGUUUGAUAGGAAUCACUUUUGGAUCCAAUAAAGAACAGACUUCCUAUAAAUAAAAGUAAUAAAGAUAGCUUCUUUUUAAUGCUUACUCUUUUAAAGAUAUUUCCCAUUUCCAUUUCCUCACCUAGAGAAGAGGUGAGUAGAGAACUGGUCAUUUUAUUGUGUGCAGUGUUCAUGCACUGCUCCAAUUAAGAAAGUGCCUUUCAAGAAAGUGUAUGCUUUCUCUUAGCAGCAUGAAAGUGCUUUUGCUGUUUAUGGUCUAUUUGGUUGGGUGGUGCAAUGGGGAUGACCAAAGUCUUGAUGAAGCUCCAUUAAUGGAGAAAAGUGAGCAAGAAGCUCUCUACCAUGCUAUUCAAGGCUUUGUGGGUAAGGAGUGGAAUGGUUCUGACCUCUAUCCAGAUCCUUGUGGUUGGACCCCUAUUCAGGGCGUGUCUUGUGACCUUUUUGAUGGCUUUUGGUAUGUGACAGACAUGAGAAUCGGACCUGUUCAUGACAACUCUCUUGAAUGUGCCCAAAAUGCAGAAUUCAGCCCCCAUUUAUUUGCACUGAAACACCUCAAGACUCUCUCUUUUUUCAAAUGCUUCCUCUCUCCCCAACAAAUCCCCAUCACAACCCUAUAUUGGGAAUCACUAAAUGGCACCUUAGAAUUCUUGGAAUUUCGAUCUAACCCGGGCCUCAUCGGAGCGAUUCCGAAUUCCUUCGGAUACCUAAAAAAGCUCAAAUCUUUGGUUCUUAUUGAAAACGGGUUAUCGGGCAGUUUACCCGGGAGUAUUGGCAGCUUAUUCAGUUUAAGGAAGCUAGUUCUCUCUGCUAACAACUUUACAGGAAACAUCCCAGACAGUUUUGGUGGUCUUCAAAACCUAUUGAUACUUGAUCUAAGCAGAAACUCUCUCUCUGGUCACUGUCAUUCCUCACUUGGGCUGAUGAGGUCACUUUUGAAGCUUGAUUUGAGCAAGAACCAAAUUGGUGGCAAAAUCCCAGAAGAGAUUGGGAAUCUAAAGAAUCUAACGUUGUUAGACCUGAGUGACAACAGAUUCUCAGGUGGGCUCCCCAAGUCACUUCAGGGAAUGGAGUCUUUGGAGGAGAUGGUCAUAUCAGACAACCCCAUGGGUGGGACCCUGAUGGGACUGGAAUGGGGGGGUCACCUCAAAGGAUCCUUAACAGUGUUGGAUCUGUCCAAUGCAAAAUUGACAGGAGGAAUUCCAGAGUCCAUAACAAGGCUGGAGAAGUUGAGAUUCUUGGGGCUUAAUGAUAACAACCUAACAGGGGAGAUUUCCCCAAGAAUUGCAGAUAUGCCAAAUAUAGGUGCACUUUACCUAAAUGGAAAUAAUCUAGCAGGAGAGCUCCAAUUCUCUGAAGGGUUUUAUGGGAAAAUGGGGAGAAGGUUAGGGGUUUGGGGUAACCCGAAUCUUUGUUACCCCAUUGGGUUUAAGGGUGGUUCAACUAUGCAUGUCCCCUUUGGUGUAAAGCCUUGUCAGCCAUAAGUGGUCGUCAUCCUUGCCAGUAGUUACGGGAUGGAUAAUGAGAAUGGGAAAGUGACUGAAGGUUCGUUCAUACUCUUUCGGAUUCUCAAGGCACUUUGACCUGUGGAAAACUUUGAAUAUGGAAGUUUAGGGAAUUCCGGAUAUUUAACCUUCUGUUGUAACAAAGAUUAAUUAACUUCAAUCUGAUAAUCCUUCUCCUUCCUUCAUGUCAUUUCAUGAUGAUUAUGUUAUAUGUAAACUCUUCAAAUGGAUUAGGUACAAGCCGCUAAUAUAAUAAUGUUCAGUUCACUUAUUUUACUA